UUUUAGUAUCCAAUACCGAACUAAAAAAUAUUUAAUAAUUAUAUUUUAAGCACAAAUAAAUAAUUAACUUUUAAACAUCAUGAACGCUGAAGAACUUGCACAAUACCAAUAUCAGCUUGACCAAGUUAAUCUUGCUUUAAAAAGUGAACCUGAAAAUUCCGAACUUUUGAAACUUAAAACGGAUCUGACAGAAUUAAUUAAUCUUACGAAUACCAUUAUUGAUCAAGAGGUAACACUUUCACCUUCUAAAAGGUCAGCUUCUUCGAUUUCACCUAGAACAAAUUCAACGCCGACUACACCGACUUCAUUUUCGAUACCAACUUUUACAAAACCACUUCAAGUUGGAGAUUCUUGUCUAGCGCGGUGGUCUGGUGAUGGACAGUUUUACCAAGCUCAAAUAACAGCUAUUGGUGGUGGUGAUCAAGUUUUUUCAGUUGUUUUUAAAGGUUAUAAUAAUGUUGAACUUGUUGACGUUCAAGAUAUUAAACCUCUAGAAAAAAAUAAAAAGAAAGGUUUGAAUGAUAAAAAGGAUAAAGAUAAAAAAAAGAAGAGCGGUGAAGGACAAAAGAAAAUUAAUGAACAAAACUUGAAACAAAAGUCUUGGCUUGCCUUUGCGAGCGGUUCAGCUAUGGCUCCUGGUAGGAAAACAACGAAAACAAAAAGGCUGGUACAGCCGCCGAUAAACAAGAAGAGUAUCUUUGCUACUCCAGAAAAUCCGGAAGGCAAAGUCGGCGUGGUCGGUAGCGGUAAACCAAUGACACAAUUCCAGCAACGCGGUAAACAUAUCUUUGACCGUGAUUAAUUGAAAGGAUAUGAAUAUAUUUUUUUUUUUAAUUUUUUUUUUUUGUUAUAUAUAUACUUUUUUAUAUAUCUUUUUUUCUUAAAAAAUGGUUCUUUACUAGACCAAUGCGAAAACAUUAUGAAAUAUAUUGAAGUUGGAUGGUACUACUAUUAUAGGGCAGUAAGGACAUUUUGUUUGCUCUUUCAUUUUCAUUCAUUUGUUAAGAACAUAUGAUUUAUACAAAUUUGCAUCAUUCAAUAUAUUUUACCCAUAAGCGAGAUAAUUGGGAAUAUGGGAAUAUUAUAUGUAUACGUAUAUAUAUGUAUAUAUAUAAUAAACAAAAUCUAAUCUAUUGAUUGAGUUUUACCAAGGUAAUAAAAUCAAUAAAAAAAAUAUUGUAAUAAAUGGCUUUGAAAAUAUUUAUUUUUUUUUUUUUUCAAAAAAAAAAAAAAAAA